GCUUCCGCUAGCCAGCCAGCUAGCACGUCAGCUAACCGUGAGAGCGGCAGCAGCCAGCCGGACGCCAGCGCCUCACAACACGGAAAUACAGCCGAGCCGACUCGCCUCCAGCCGAACCUCUCCGCCGGUGAACAGCCCGCAGCUCGACCCGCUCCCCCCGGUUCCUCCCGCGGCUCUCCGUCCUCCCUGUCCGGACCGGUCCUGACCCGAAACAUGUCGGCGGUGCAGCGGAUGAAGGUGGCGAACGAGCGGCACAGCAAGACCAUCACCCAGCGGGGACACGUCCAGAAAACAGCGCGUCCAGUAAACGAUGACAAGUCCCCGGUGGGUCCGUGGCUCCUGGCUCUUUUCGUCUUCGUGGUGUGUGGAUCAGCCAUCUUCCAGAUCAUCCAGAGCAUCAGGCAGGGCUUGUGAUGACCUCGACCCAGGAAGAGCCUCUGCUGUGGGGGAGCUGCCGCCCGACGCCCCCCCCGCCCACACACACACACACACACACACACACACACACACACACAGACACACACUGCAAAUUCAGGCAAAUAGGAAGACACAGACUUGUUUACUAAACCUGACGUCUUACUGAGACACACACACACACACACACACACACACACACACACACACAGCUUCCUGUGAUAUUUCCUGUUUGAAUCUGAGCUCACUCCUCUUCCCACUGUGACCCAACCUCUCUCUCUCUCUCUCUCUGUCUCUCUCUCUCUCUCUCUCUCUCUCUCUCUCUCUCUCUCUCUCUCUCUCUCUCUCCCCCUCUCUCUCUCCCUCGGUGGUGUUAAGGGCAGUAAAUAUCUCGGUUUGUCUUCUAUUGAUUAAUAAUACUGACAAGAUAUUGGUUAUUAAUAAUAUUUGGAUCUUAUUGUUACACUGGCUGUUGAUGUUUUAUUGUUUUGGGGCUUGAAAAUACAUUUUACCACAAUCGGUUUGUUUGUAAUAUGAAGGGUUUUUUUUUUUUUUUUUUUUCUUAUUUUGUGUCUUAAAUCUCCUUUCCUCAUCUCCUCUCCUUUCUUCCUUCAGUCUGAAUGCAUUCGUCCAGCAGAGUUUUAUCCUGUCUGUCUGUCUGCCUGUCUGUCUGUCUGUCUGCCUGUCUGUCUGUCUGUCUGUCAUGAUGUGUUCAGGUUCACGGGAAAAGCCGAGGGGAAAAAAGUUCGACUGAUGCAUCGGUACUGAUGUUGUCAUGGUAACAACCCCUCCCACUUGAGAUUAAGCCCUCGUCCAAGCCCCUCCCACUUGACAUUAGCCCCUCCCCCCAGAUCCUAGCUCCUCCCUCGUCAAAGCCCCUCCCCCCCUGAGGUUCAGCCCUUUGUCCUUCGAAUCGUGAUUGGCCUUGAGAUUGGCCACACCUCCUUGCGGUGAUUGGUUGUUUUAGGUAGUUUGGCCCCGCCCCUCUGCGGAGAAUGGCGAUUUGUCAAAAUGAAGCAAAGCGUUGAUGGCACAAGCUUUAAUAUUCAGUCUUCCAGAUGGAAACUCGCCGUUUGCAAACGUUUAGAUCCUGAAAUGUCUUUUAAUUUUCAGCACCUAAAAUAAACAGGAACAUGACAGAAAUGGGCCUGGAACCAAUUUUUGGUUGUUGUUUUUUUGUUUUUUUAGGAAAUUAAAUGCCACUUUUCUUGCCUUUUUUCCUUUUUGAAUUGGAAAGUAGAUCCGGCAGGUUAGCGUCUGCAGGAAACGUCCACAAAGUAACCUUGGGCCAGGAAGAAAUCAAGUCAUUGUACUUAAUUGUAAUUGUAGUUAAUGAAUUGUUUUUAUAUUGUUGUAAUAGGCACAUCUGGUGAUUCAUCUUAUUAUUUUUUAUCGUCUGUGGUGAAAAUGAAUAUCCGGUUCCUGUCUUCAACGUCGGCUCCUCUGUUGAGAAAAUUUGCGAAGAUUUGAUUUGGUUGAAAUUUCGAGCGAGGCCCACAGGUGCAGCGUGAGGUCAGGUAGAGAUCCGGUGACUUUAGUGAACCGGUGAGGUCGUCGGGGCUGAAUCGGCCCCCCCGGCAGCGGUUUGUGUUUCCUCGCUCGUCGACACGCCGGCGUCGGCUCGGUGCAUCGGUCGAACGCCGUCCCUCGGCGGUCAGGAAGCGCGGCUCGGCCUCGGGCUGCACGUCAGGGAGGCUCAGGCUCAGAUCACAUCAGACGCUGCAGCUUCCUGCCACUUCCUGAUCAGACCCGGUGAAGCUUCCUGUGUGUUCAGCUGUUGUGCUCCUCUCUGGACGACAUGCACCGCUUUUAUACAAAUAAACUACGUAUUUUCUCUAA